UUAACCGACACUAUCUACUACUCCUACCCUGCAUCAUCUCCUCUACCCACAUCCUCCAUCCAUCUCCAUCUCCCUGCCAAUGGCGUCGGCCUCCAACACUCCCCUUCUCCUCCGCCUCAUCGCCGUCCUCGCCGUCUCGCUGGCAGCGGCGACGGUGGCCGCGGACGAGGAUCAUCCGGCUACUUUAAUUGGCGGCGAUGAUGGCGAUCGUCAGCUGAUGGCGGCGGGCGGUGGGAGGACGCUGUUGGCCAUAGACUGCCCCAAGGCGUGCGAGGCGCGGUGCGGGAGGAACUGGAAGAACGAGAUGUGCAACAAGAUGUGCAACAUCUGCUGCGGCAAGUGCAGCUGCGUCCCCUCCGGCACCGGCCAGGACACCCGCAACGAGUGCCCCUGCUACGCCAACAUGAAGAACACCAAGAACGGCAAACCAAAAUGCCCCUAAACUAAACUAAACUAAUUAACCAAGCACCCAUCAAUAAUCAUCUAUCCAUCCACCGCCUCAGCUUGGUGUGUCUCUGACGGCGGAUGUCGAUCAAUUUUCAUUUUUGUUGUGGAUCAUAUAGAAUAAUCAUGUACGUACUCCUGUGCUAAUAAUAGUGCAAGCUAUAUAUCUAGGUCCUAAUGAAGGGAGGAGGAGAACAAGAGAAGCAGAUCUAGGCUCCAUCUUCCCCUCUUGUGUGCUCAUCAAAAUAUCUAG